AUAAAUGUCUGAGGAUGUCAAAUCAAAAGUAAUGAAUUAUCUAAAUUGUCCAUUGGGAGACAUGCAUGAAGGAGAAUAAUUAAAUUUUGUUUGUCUUGAAACAACCUGUAAAGAAAUAGGACUCAUAUGCCCUAUUUGCAGAUGUUAGAAACAUUCCAAACAUAAAGUGAUUCCUUUAAAGACAUUUCUAGCUGAUCUAUACACUAAUGUAAAUACCAAGCAAAAUCACAAUUCAUUAGAAACCUUACUUUAAUAGUUGGAUUAAGUUCGUCUUAAAAUGUUAUAGAAUCUAAAGGAUAUUGUUCAGAAAAUGGUCUUGUAUGACUUUUAUGUCUUAUAAAUAGACAAAUCAAGUUGUUAGAAGAUUAAAUAAACUUAAGUCAUAAGAAUACAAAAUAAAGAUUAUUGGAAUAAAAUUAAACAUAAAUGAAUUUUCCACAGUUGUUUCAUUAAAUCUUAAAUAUGCAAUAUGUGAAUCCAGAUUUAUUAAAAUAAGAUUUACGUAGUAUGAUUGAAAAUGUAAGCCAACAUUAACAUGGAAAAAUUGAAAUUGAUUUUAAACCAUAAAAAUUAUUUGAUUCUUAUCAAAAAGCUGUAAUAGUUCUAUUAUUAACAUUUAUAGUCUCAAGAAGCAAUUAAUCAAUUAUAAAUUUCAUUUACAACUUUUAAAUAGUCAAUCUCAAAAAUAGCUAAACCAAUAGAAAAGUUUACAUUGCCAAUAAUAAAUCAUAAUUAAACUAAUUUCAUAUUUAGUUAAACCUUAAAAUCGACAACAAUAAAUAUCUAAGAUUUCAAAGUAGCUAUAUAAUAAGUGCAAUAAAAUAAUGAAAAUAGGUUUAUUUUAAUAGAACCUUAAAUAUAGGAAUCUUGUAAAAUUGCCUUUAAAAUAUAGCAUCUAACUAAUUUUAUUGGUUUAGGAAUUGCAUUAAAGAAUGUUCUUCAAGGAAAAAAGUAAAUAAUAAAAUUAAAUUGAUUAGUAUGAGGUUUGAUUAUUAAACUUUGGGACAUGGCUCCUAUAUGGCAUCCAAUAAUGAUCAUGUAUGGUCACAUAAUAAAAAAGAGGAGAAUAUGGUUUCUAAGUCUUUAAAAUUUGGGGUUGGAGAUAUUGUGAUUUUAGACUUAAAUUUAGAAAAUAAGGUUAUUCUGUUGUCAUAUUCUAGAUUUUAAAGUUUAAAAAUAAAUCUUCAUAGAAUGAACCAAUAUCAUUGACAUUUGAUAUUCCAGAAAAUGAUGAAAUUCAUUUUUGUGUAAAUAUGUGUGGUGUAGGAGAAAAAGUAGAAAUCUUAGAUGAUUGGGAGUGA